GGUCAGGACUCGACGUGGCUCUAUUAUAUGGGGGGUUUGUUAUCGGCGAGCUUGCGGUCGUAAUCACGGUGCUCUAGCUGGUGUAUGAAUUAAAACAGUGUCAAGAACGCGUCAACCCAUUCCCCGCCGUUUCUCGCAUUCACUUUCAUCGCCACUAAUGACCAGUUCAAUUAGGAUGACCGAUGCUUCACGUGGACUGCAAUGACAAAGGAUUUUACCGUGUAACGUGUGUCGUACAUUAGUCUACCAUGAAACGCGUAAAUCUCCGGCGAAAACAGUGGACAGUUGGUCUGUAGUGUUUUUGUCGAAGAAAUUCGAAGAACGGUGAAUGUACACGUGUUCGCGACCUGGUGCACGCUUGGACGCGAUCGAACAGUUAGAUCCUUACUCCAACUCGAUUAGCAGAGACCGGUGGUCCCGUGAUUGGUUCGUGAAGUGUGCGCGAACCUUUCGAUAGCGGUGGACAGGAAAAUAAUUAUCGGUUGCCGACGCUCGUUGGAGCAGCUUGAUCGGCUGAUUAAUAUCGACGCGCGAGAAUUGAAUUGCGCCUACCGAUGGAUGAUUCUUGCGCCUUUUGGAAUACGUAUACGCGCGGCCAGUAGUACGGGUAAACGAGCCGUGAGAUAGGGGCAAGUUCAUUGGGAGCUAGUGGUGCAGUAAACUAGAGCCGUGUCCGGAGCGUUACUUGCGGCCAAGUUAGAAUCCGUCCGGAGACCGGCAAUUUUCGCGAACGAGCUCUACCUAAACUUGCUUUCCAUUGAAACAUAUCGCCGAUCCAAUGUCACGCCAUCCUGAUGCCAGUUACUGUCCGACAUUAGCUAUCAUCCGAUCUUUUUGAACGCGACAGGCCACGGAUGGUGUUCGAAGUGCUCCUUCAGUUACACGUGAAACGUGCUUCGGUCAGGAUUACACUGCCAUUUUCUUAUCGUCUCUGAUAUAUUAGAUCUCUCAUUUCCUCGUAGCCAAACGUAUGCUAAAACCCGAUUGUUCGAGUAGAAAUCCGAAACGGUACCUAACUCGAACCGUGAACAAGUUCUAACUAUUACGUGUGUGUUCCAUAAUUUUCUACUCUGUGAAUCCGAAAACCUCACGGUUUCUCUGACUGGCAGUAGACAGUGCGUCGUGGGAGGAUUUUUCCAGCCGUUUUACAAGAAUAAUUUGUGAGUUCUAAAACGUAUCGCUAGUUUGAAUCCAGAUCAAUCCGUGAUCGGUGGACAUUUACGGUUGAAGAUUUUUCGGAAAUCUGUUGUUAGCAAUUAAAUCCGCAGGUCGGGAGUAAUUGAGACACGCUCCCGUGUCUGUUGAAUCGGUGUGGUGUUCAGGAAGAAGCCGAAUCGAUUGACACAGCAGUAUCUAAUCAACGAUAGAGGCUGCAGGGUCGUUUGGAGAAGCGAUUGUCAUCGGAUCGUCUAGGAGCAGUUAAAGCGAUCAGGUGGCAAGUGGUCGUUCGCGAACGAAAACGGAGAUAUCGUCUGGGAGGACGCAAAGCCGGCGAAACGAUGUCGACGACGGCGGCGCAAUGCAGUACCGGCGGCAGCAACACCGGCACCAACAACAACGUCGACAACAGCAACAGUAACAGCAGAAGCAACAACAACAACAACAAAGACAGUGUCGACUGCAGCAACACCGGCUGCAAUUAGUGCCGGUUCACGACGGUCGCGAGACUGGGUAACCACUGAAAGGGCGGCGGCGGUAGGUUAGGUCGGGUCGAGGCAACGCUAAGGAUUCGAGGGUGUGUGCAGUGCGCGAAAGGGAGACAAAAUGUGGUGGAGGUGCCAGUGGAGUGUCGCGACUACAACCACGGUGUUCGUGUUGGGGAUUGUCACGGUAUACUCGCAGGUGGAGAUAUCUGAUCUGGAUCAGCCAAUACCAAUCGUCGCAAUCAGUGGUGUAGAGGGUAAAAAGGUUCAGCUUCCUUGUGAUAUUAGUUCCACUGAGAACGACGGGGUCAGCAUGGUGUUGUGGUACAAAGAAGGGAACGGUGAACCAAUUUACAACUUCGAUGUCCGGGAAGGUCGACAGUUUAGCAAGGCUCGCCUUUGGUCGUCGCCAGCGGCACUGGGACCAAGAGCUUUUUUUAUCACAGCGUCGAAUCCCGCUCACCUCAGCAUCGAUCGAUUGGAAUCUAAAGAUGAAGGGAUCUAUCGGUGCCGAGUGGACUUCAAGAAUUCACCGACAAGGAAGCAAAAGAUGAAUUUGACUGUUAUAGUGCCUCCGUCGAAGCCGGUGAUACGGGACGCGACGACGAGGAAUAUCUCAAGGAUAGAGGAACCCUACAACGAGGGAAGUGACGUGAACCUGAUUUGCGAGGUAGAAGGUGGCAGGCCGCCCCCGAAGCUGACGUGGUACCUCGAGAACACCGUGAUAGACGAGUACUACGAGUACAACACCCAGUCAGGGCGAACGGUUAACCACUUGUGUUACCCUGAAGUUGGCCGGCAACACCUCAAGACUCGGUUGAUCUGUGAAGCCAGCAACACCAACUUGGUCUCACCGCUGACGAGAGUGGUCAUCUUGGACGUGAAUCUGAAGCCGCUGUUCGUACAGAUUUUGACGAAGGAGUCUCGAGUAUCCGCUAACAAGAACUACGAGGUGGAGUGCAGGACAAGUGGUUCCAGACCAGAAGCGGUAAUUACAUGGUGGAAGGCGAACAAAGAGAUUAAGAAAAUGGCGCAGAGUUACGUGUUGGAGAACAAUCAAACUCUGAGUGUCCUGAGCUUCGUGCCAAGUAUCGACGACGAUGGCAAGUAUCUGACCUGUCGUGCCGAGAACCCUUCCAUUCCGAACAGCGCUUUGGAAGAUAAGUGGAGACUGGACGUGCAAUAUCAGCCACUGGUUACUCUCAAGAUGGGCGAGACCUUGAAUCCAGAUGAUAUCAAAGAGGGCGAUGACGUAUAUUUUGAUUGUUCGGUUAGAGCCAAUCCAAAAGUGUACAAACUGGCCUGGUUCAAAGAUGGGAAAGAGUUGAAGAAUAAUGCCACUGCGGGUAUAGUGUUGAGCGAUUACUCUUUGGUUCUUCAAGGCAUCACACGUUACUCUGCUGGAGAUUAUACUUGCCUUGCUGCAAAUAGCGAGGGGAGGACAGAGAGUAAUCCGGUGAAACUUCAAAUAAUGUACACCCCUGUGUGCAAGGAAGGUAAAAGCGAGGUGGUUGUCGGCGCCCUGAAGCAGGAAACCGUAUCGUUGGUGUGUUCCGUGGAGAGUCAUCCAGCACCGUUGACUUUCCACUGGACAUUCAAUAAUUCCGGCGAGCUGGUGGAGGUUCCUCAUUCUCGUUACUCUCACGUGCCAGCGCUCGGGACACCGUCCGUUGCCGAAAGCCUGAAAGAGUACCAACAAUUCCACGGAUCCAAGCUAAACUAUACGCCUGCAACGGAAAUGGACUACGGCACAGUGGCGUGCUGGGCGAGCAACCAGGUUGGCAAGCAACGAGCACCGUGCCUGUUUCAGGUAAUAGCGGCGGGUCGGCCAUACUCUCUCCACAACUGUAGUGUGACAGAGAUGUCAGCGCCAUUGGACGCGGAAGAACUCAGCGCGAAAUCUGGCACCGGGCUGCUGGUGCGUUGCUUGGAAGGUUACGACGGCGGUCUUCCGAUUUUCAGCUAUCAACUGGAGGUCGUCGCCGAUGAAGACGGCGGGCCGAUUUUGCUGAACAAAACCGUGCCUGUCAACUCGAACGGACCGAGUUUCGAGGUCGCGGGUCUAGCCACGGGAAGAAGUUAUCGACUUUUUUUGUACGCGAUUAAUGCGAAGGGGAGGAGCGAUCCUGCCAUUCUCGAGCCAGUGACCCUGAAAGGUGUCGCCAUGUACACGACCGGCACCACGGACGCAUCGAUGCUGAGCCCAUUGCUGUUGGGUCUGGCAGCUACGGCAACUCUUUUGGCCCUGGCCGUAGCUGGAAUCCUGGCGGCACUCUACCGGAAGCACUCGAACGGCCGGCCCGGAAGUCCAAAGCACGCUCCCAUCGUGUGCGAGCCACCUAAUGCAGGUGCAACCACCCCGAUACACCCUCAGACCAAGCAAGCGGUCGAUGACAUCGAUCCAGACAUCAUACCCAACGAGUAUGAGCGAAGACCCCUAACGUACACACCGAUAUACAAGACACCCCCGCAAAGAAGAAAGAAGGAUCGGGUCAUAGACGACGCGAUCUCGCCAGAGAAGAGACCCAUCGUGCAACAUGGAUUGGAUCUGCCCUCGGACCCAAUAUUGAGCGACUGCCUGCCAACGCCGACCAUAAAUUAUCCCCAGAACCAUAUUCCUCAGUCGAACACUUAUAACCAUGCACCCACUAUGGCAGACUUCAAGCAGAUGGCGAUGGAUGCAUACAACCAGCGUAACAACCAAAAUGUGUACUACAGUCUGCAGAGGUCGAGCAAAGGGCUCUCGUCGAUGCCUCAGAGGCCAGUAUCAUCGUCGAUCUCCGCGCAGGGCAAGUUUCAUCAGCCGGAAGUGGUGACACGCUCGAACCGGAUACAAGAGAGUUGUAUAUAAAUCCGGGCCGCGAUCGCCGGCCGGCGAAUUCGAACGACACCGUGGAUGUUCGCGUCGAUCGCUGAUAGUGAGGAUCGAAUGGAAUCGGUCACCGUUUCGACAUCCGAGAUCCGGGAACGUGUCCGAUUUCCCGCGCGUCGUGAUCGCGAGUGGCGUCUUCCUACGAUUGACGCGGAAACGUUCAACGUUUCAGCACCCCGAUCCCUUCUGUGAAACGACUGCGAACUUCCGCUAUGUACAAAACUGAAAAAUAGCUCCGGGUGAUCGCGACGGAAACGCGGACCCGUAUCGAGAUAUUGAGCCUGGUUCCGGCGCAGCGUAAAAUUGGAUACGCGGACGCCGCGAGUUAGCCGCGGAGUUAAUGAAACGUUGACGCUUAUAAAGGAACAGAGCGUGAGAUCGAGAGAAAGGGUAGAUAAACUCGCUCGGUGGUUAACGGAGCGCAUUCGAAGGCGACGGAAAUUCCGUUCGAUGGUUCCGGUCUCUUACCGUCGGGAGAUUUUUAUAAUAGAGUUCAGCCACGUUCGCGAGAAACGGGAAAGGGCGCGGCAGUCAGGAUUACAAGGACGGGCAAACGAUUUGACAAAACAACGUCGCCGAAUUAACGAACACGGUCAGGUACACCGAGUCCCCGUUUCCGCUCGCGGAACGGGCUUGGCGCGGACGCGUGUGUUUUAACUGUUUAUAUGAGAUUAGUUUUUGUACAAAGAUCUAUUGUAAAUAGGCGAGACUGCCUGGUCCUAGUGUGUAGCCACCAAUGUCCGAAUUUCAUUCACUAAAAGUCACGUUAAAAAAGGGACGAGAAAGAUUGUUUCGGUCACGUAAGAUAAGUACUCGAUGGCGUAAAGAAAUAAAGAGAAUGCGUUUCAUCCGUUUUACAGAAACGAGCCUUGCCCAAUUCUUCGUCCAACCUUUCCCUACCACGAUCCACUCUAUUAAGAGAUGAGGGAAACGUACGGAACGAGGCGCCGAAAUUUCGGUCGCACGUGACCCGAAUUCGAGCGACGCGAUAGCAUUGACCAACGGCGUUUCGCCUCCCCCAUUCCGGACGUGAAGGAAAUCUUAGUGCACCGCGUGUAUCAACGCCGGCGAAAGUCCCAUGAAAAUUUGAUCCGGCCGCCAAACACGCGAUCACCAGACCCAUUUCACGCCCGAUUCGGGGGAGUUUCAAUUUCAGACGGUGUAAGAUAUAAGGGACGCGACUAACCCUGUCCUUUUCUGUUUCAUUGUAAGCCCGGGUUAGCGAAUACGGCCCGCCUCCAAUUUACGAUUGUUUUCAUACGAUGAAGAAGUUUUCGAACGCUCUAUCCUUCUUUUUGAUCGAAUUUAAUGUCUUUCGGAGAAUGAUUAUUUGUGAAUAAUUGUGCUGGAAUAAGCAAAUUGUUACUAUUGUACGGAAUUCAAAUAUUAUUAUUUCUAAACAUUUAAAUUGUUAUUGGCAAUGGAUAAUUAUGUAAUUAAAUGUUUUUUUAAGGAAAAUUUAGAUUGUGAAAUGGUAAACUAAUAUUGAAUUUACAUUUGAUAAGUGUUGCGACGAGAGUGAAUAUUCUGUUUGGUUUCUAUAAAUUUUGUGUGACUCCAAUCAAUAUGUUAUAUACAAAGUUUUACGUAAAUAAAUCUUUUGCGGUGUUUGCAAUGAAUUUUUGGAAAAACGAACACUGUAUCCUAUUUCAAGAAACUUCUAUGGAUUUAUACUUAGAAAAAUUGGAUGGGACGGAUUCGACGACCUAUUUAACCAUUUUUUUUAUCUAACAUCGGUGUACUACAAUAUUUCUGUUAAAUAUUCUUUUAAUAUUAAUGAAGAUUUAUUUUGUGUAUGAAUUUUGUGUUUUUUACUUUAUUUGUGACGUGUAACGUCUCCUUCGCGUUCUACGAUUAAUUUUUUGAUAUAACCAUUGUUGUAUGUUUUUGAA